CCUACGCAUGCUUACCUACACCCUUCCGUCUACCUUAACAUUGUGCAUAUAUUGUCGCUUGGACAUUGAGAGGACGCGUACUUAUCAAGCGGCGAUGGAUUGGAUUCCUCUUACAACCAACUGCAGUAGGCUUCUCGUAGCUUACACAACUCUCUGCUAUGGAGAUUGCAUGCGUGGACAGAAAAGAAGCCGGGCCUGGAGACCUGAGGCUCACGUCGAUCCCUUCCGUACCGAGGUUCUCCCCCAUGGCACGGUCUCUUCCAAGCGUGAACACUGCCACUCGACAUCCCCCUCGCAUGUUGCAUUUACGUUCACACACUCAAUCCUUCAGGUUUGAUCGCCAUGAUAGACACGGUCCAUAUGGGAGUGCUUCUCGCGAUAAGUGCAAGUCACAAACUCGCCUGCAACAUUCUCUCCGUCUAGCACAUUCCCGGUCAAAUCAUCUUUUCCUUAUAUAUCGUUGGUUCUCACGUGUGAGCGUUCUAUUUACGGUACUGCAUCCUGUUGGGUAGAUCGGUUCCAAGCGCCUAUUUUGGUUACCAGCCCCCUCAAGUCGUCUCUGGCGAAUCAGCAGCACUAAUCGUAAUCCACAAGAGUACCUACAGACGGCGACCCAACAAGGCCUCGAGCUCAGUCUGCAAAUUCAUUCUGCUCCUCCUUCAAAUCACCUCGAC